AUGGCAGAGUCAGCAAUUAGUCUUGUUAUUAACAAGUUGGUUCCAUUGCUAACUCAAGAGGUGGAUCUAUUGAAAGGUGUCCAUAAAGAAGUUGAAGAAAUCAAAGACGAUCUGGAAGCCAUCAGAGCUUUCUUAAAAGAUGCAGAUUCAAAGGCAGAGAAAGAAGGUGUCAGCAACAGUGUUCAAGUAUGGGUAAAGCAAGCAAGGGAAGUAGCUUAUCAAAUUGAAGAUGUCGUUGAUGAAUACAUACUUCACAUGGCACGUCAUCGUGAUCGACGUGGAUUUGAGGGCUUUUUACAUAGGAUGUCUUCCUUAGUUACGAAAUGGAAGCCACGCCACGAGAUAGCAUCAAAGAUUCAGGAUGUUAGGAAAGGUCUUCAAAAUAUCAAGGAGAGAAGUGGAGCAUUCCAGUUCAUUUCUUCAGAGCAAGGAGUAUCAAGUGACCAUGCAAGAAACAUUAUAUUGCAUGACCCCCGACUAUGUUCUCUUUCCAUUGAAGAAGCAGAGCUUGUCGGCACUGAAUCUUCGAGAGAUGAAUUGAUAAGGCACUUGGUAAGUGGAGAAUCUCACAGGAGUGUGAUAUCAGUGGUUGGAGUUGGGGGAGUUGGCAAAACCACUAUUGCAAGGAAAGUAUAUGACAAUCAUCAGGUGGAAGGUCACUUUCGAUGCCGUGCUUGGAUCACCGUGACUCGAGAUUAUGAUAGAAAGGAGCUACUAAGGAGUUUACUAAACAAGUUCUAUCAAGGAGAAGAGGAAGUCCUUCCUCAAAGCAUUGCCACGAUGGAUGAUUCAUCAUUAAUUUGUAAGCUUGGAGAAUAUUUACAGCCAAAACGGUAUUUAGUUGUAUUUGAUGAUGUAUGGGAUGUUGGCUUUUGGGGAGCUGUGGAGCACGCCCUGUUAUUUAACGAUAAUGGGAGUAGAAUAUUGAUCACAACAAGAAAUAAGGAUGUUGCUACCUUUUGCAGGAGUUCUUCAUUGGUUCAUGUCCAUCAGAUGGAACCUCUGCCUCAACAGGAGUCAUGGAAUCUGUUUUGCAAGAAGGCAUUCAAGUUUGAUUUUGAAGGGACAUGUCCGGAAGAGUUGGAAGAAUUGUCACUCAACAUUGUUCGAAGAUGUGGAGGACUGCCACUGGCAAUUGUGGCUGUUGGUGGACUUCUAGCAACCAAAGAAAAGGUGGUUCUAGAAUGGAAAAAAUUGCUGGAUAGCCUUGGUUCUGCAUUGACGAGUAACCCACAUCUUGUGAAUAUCACAAAAAUUCUCUCUCUCAGUUAUAGUGAUCUACCUCACCACCUCAAAUUUUGUUUCUUAUACUUUGGCAUGUUUCCGGUGCAUUUCUCAAUUAGACGCGGAAGGUUACUGCGAUUAUGGAUAGCUGAUGGUUUUGUACAAGAAAAACAAGGCAUGACAUUAGAAGAGGUUGCAGAGGAAUACUUAACUGAACUUACUGAUCGAAGUUUGGUUCUAGUGGAUGAAGUUAGCAAGAUAGGAAUUGACAAACUCUGUCGAGUUCACGAUUUGGUACGUGAGGUCAUUCUUUCUAAGGAAGAAGAAUUGAGUUUGUGCCGUGUUUCAGGUAAUUGCUCCACAUUUGAAGGCAGAGGUAGACACAUUUCUCUAAGCAACAGAGAAAAUGUCAAUCCGAAGAGCAGCACCAAGUCUCAGACACGGUCUAUUAUGGUUUUCAACGGACAGGAGCUCCAAAAGGCCAUAAUUGAUACGAUAUUUGGAAAAUGCAAACUUUUGACCACAUUAGAUUUUGAAGACUGUCCAAUUGAUCACAUUCCCAAAGAAUUGGGAAAUUUGCUGCAUCUGAAGUAUUUCAACUUAAGAAAUACUGAAGUGUCAAAAAUUCCAAAAUCAAUUGGAAAGCUGCAAAAUCUAGAGUACUUAGAUUUGAGUUAUUCUCUAGUGGAAGAGUUGCUAGUUGACAUUAAUAGAUUUCCUAAAUUGCGAUAUCUUUAUGGUUCUUCUAAAAAGGGUUUGGGGUUGAAGAUACGUGGUAGCAUUAAGCAUUUACAGUUCUUACAAAUUCUGUUUAGAAUUAGAAUUAGAGAUAAAGAUGAUUUGAGAUUAAUUAAUGAGCUAGGAAUGCUGAAGCAGUUGAGGAAAUUGGGGAUAUAUGAUUUGGAAAGAGAAAACGGAAGGGAUCUAUGCACUGCAUUAGAGAAAAUGAGUUUCCUGCAAACAUUAUAUGUAAGUUCAAUCAAUUACGAGAGUGACAUUGUUGAUGUGCAAUCACUAUCUCCUUCUUCUCUCAACCUUCAAUCUCUCACGCUUUGGGGACAAUUAGAAAGAAUGCCAGAUUGGAUUUCCAAAUUACACGAUCUAUCUAAAUUGAGAUUGUGUUAUUCGAGAUUGAUGGAUGAUCCGAUUGAAGUCCUCCAAGAUCUGCCUAAUUUAAAAAUACUUCUGCUAGUUUGUGGAUACAAUGGAGAGAAGCUGCAAUUUAACGAAGGAAGGUUUCAAAAGCUCAAGGUGCUAAGUACUGUAGCCUUGAAUAAUUUGACUACAGUAAUAAUAGAUGAAGGAGCGAUGCCUUUUCUUGAAAGGCUGUACAUGGAAUCAUGCCCACAGUUGAAGGAGGUGCCGUCUGGAAUUCAGCACUUGAAACACCUCAAACGACUAUGUUUUGGUGGGAUGUCAAAAGAGUUCAAUCAAAGGUUGUCAUGUAAUGAUGGGGAAGACUACUGGAUAGUGAAGCAUGUGCCAUUUCUCCGACAUGGCUCUACAUACGAACUCGACGGUGAAGGAUCAUAUGGAGCAGCAGUGAACAGAUACUAUGGGUUGGCUGAAUAA